UUUCUAAAUCAUAGUUCGCUGAGAAGGGUGAAAGCGCCACCGAAAUUUACAGUUGUGUAUAGGUAAAAAGCUAUAACAACACGCAAUCAGAAGUUGUUAUUACAGUAGUUAUUGAUCAUCGCGACACUGCAGUAUUAUGGUAGGAAAUCAUGUCAUAAACUUGGAUUCAAAGUCAUUAAGAUUGCAUUCUCCGCGAGAUGCAGGAGGAAUAGACAGAAUCGUGAAAAAACAAAAAGGAUCAAAUUGGAGCAAAUCAGAAGAGAAAACAUGGAUUGCGACAUUAUUUAUUGGCACAACUAUCCUAUUUUCAUCUCGCGUUGCUAUGCCAGUGUGUGCUCCUGCAAUGGCGAAAGAGUUCGGUUGGAACAAAGAGCAUCUCGGUACUGUGAUGGGAUGCUUCUUUUGGGGUUAUGCAAUGACCCAAAUAUUUGGUGGAUACAUGGCUGAUCGUAUAGGUGGUGAUCGAAUGCUAUGUAUUGCUGCUCUUACAUGGGGUACGGUGACAUUUAUAACUCCAUAUAUUGCCUAUUUAUAUGAUGAUCAUACAGUUACGUUGCUGUUACUUGGAUUGUUUCGAGUUAUACUUGGAUUAUUCCAAGGUAUGCAUUAUCCGUCCAUGACAAGUUUAGUCAGUCGCAAUGUUUGUGAGAAGGAUAGAUCAUUUGCAAUGGGUGUGACCUCCACGGGAUCAAAUUUUGGAUCUCUUCUUUGUGGUGGCAUUGGAUCAGUUAUUCUUGAGUCACACGGCUGGCCAGGAGUCUUUUAUUUUGUUGGAUUAUGUGCUUUUGGUUGGGUUAUACACUCGUGGCAAUUGUCUAAAAUACAACAAGGUCGUAAAGUUACUCGUCAAAAUUCAGUUGAAGCAAAAGAAGAUGUACCAUGGAGGCUAAUUUUUUCUAAAUCUCAAUUAUGGUGUGCUAUAUGUGCUCAUUUUUGUAUGAAUGCAUCCUAUUUUAUAUUACUGAUGUGGUUACCUACAUAUUUUCAUGAACGUUUCCCUGACCAAAAGGCAUGGGUUUUUAAUGUUGUUCCUUGGCUUAUGUCACUGCCUACCAGCAUUUUUGGUGGUUGGUUGAGUAAAAAUAUAAUAGAAGUCAAAUUCAGCGUGACUUUUGCAAGAAAAUUUAUACAGACGAUAGCCAUGUUUGGUUGUGGUUUAUUUGCCAUGCUUCUUCCUUUUUGUGAAAAUUAUAUAUCUGCACUUAUUGUAGCUGGACUUGCAGUAUCUUGUCAAACAUUUCAUAAUAGUGGCAUUCUUGUCAAUCCUCAAGAUAUUGCACCCACGUAUUCAGGAUCAGUUUUUGGUAUUAUGAAUACGGCUGGUGCAAUCCCUGGUUUUUUGGGAGUUUAUAUGGCAGGUUUUAUAUUGAAUGCAUCUGGAAAUUGGAAAACUGUUUUUACUUCUGUUUUUGUGACCAAUGUUAUAGGUUUAAGUAUAUUUCUCUACGGUGGGACUGGUGAAAGAAUCAUAUAAUUUAUCACGACCAAGGUGCCAUCUGACCAGAGUUUCCUUUUUUAAGUUUAGAGCCCUCAUUGACUGAGUAGCUUUGAAAAUUGAAGAUUUCAUACAAUUCUGAUUGGUUAAAAAAUUUUACCUUAGGCAUUUCCGAAUAUUUUGCAUCUCAUUCACACUCCCAACCUCAGGAUUGCCUGGUUUCUAUAUUGAUUUAAACUUUGUACUUAAGACUUGGUAAUUACCGAAAUUGUCUCCAAGUUUAAUGAUUUAUAAUUUUUCACCUCUAGUGCUAGCAAGGGAAAUGGCUCUGAAUCUAAGAGUAGUGAUUCGGGACCCAAAUUCCCUGUAUGCUUUUCUUCUGGUAUCUCCAGAUCAUGUUAUUUUGCGAUAUUUACUGAGGCGACAUUCCUAUGCAUAAUUUUUAGCUACAUGUCUUUGCUUACCUCGUAUGAAAUGCUUCAAUGAAA